AUGGUGCUGGAAUACCCGAUCCAUCUUGGACUGGCUUACCUUCUCUUGGGAGGCUACCUCGCCAGCCGCAUUUUCUGGGCACUGCACUUGCCAGCUGCCGUCGGAAUCAUUGCGAGUGGCUUCCUGUUCUCCCAUUUCAUUCAGUUCGACAUCCUCCAGGGCCGCGAUCAUCUGCAAGCUCUGUCCUUCUUCCUUGUGCUCCUGACAGCAGGCUUUGAGCUACAAAUAACUGACCUUCGCCCCGAGACGUUUGUUUUCGCGUUCCUCCCUGUUACACUGGAGUUGAUCGGAAUCGCGGCCUGCGCGCAGCUCAUCCUGCACUUCUCGCUGGUGGAGGGCCUCGUUUUGGGUGCCACGCUAGCCUGCUUGGGAGAUGGCCUGGUCAUUCCCAAAAUGAUCGAGAUCAAGAGCCGCGAGGAGUUUGAAAACUCCCCGAUGCCAAGGUUGGUCUUCACAGCAGCGCCGUUGGAGGCAUCCUAUGUCCUCACCAUCUACGGGGUUCUGGAAGGGCUGGCUACGGCAGAGCAUCAGGAAGCGAGUGGGAUCUGGUCGAUCGUUUUCGCUAAUCUCUUGCGCAUCGCUGCCACCUUGCUGUGUGGCUCGAUGCUUGGCUACGGUGCUGGGGUCUUCAUCAGCAAGGGCCGAGGUAAUGAGUCCUGGUUUGCUGGCACCUGGCUCCAACCCAUAUGUGAAACAUGGCUACCACACUUGGCCCCCGUGAAGCUCUUUAGGCAGAGCGACGUGGAGGCAUACCUGAUGAUCCUCAGCGUUGCCUUGCUUGGCUUCGGAAUUGGCUCGAUGAGCGUUGCAUCUCUCGCCCCAAUUCUUGGACAUCUCCUGCCAUCAGCUUUUGCUGAGGGCGAGCUGUUUCAGCCAGAGCUUCUCGUUAUUGUUACCGGCGCUUCAUUUGCAUACGCUUGCGAGACAUAUGCAAGCGAGACGGGUCAAGAGGCUGAUGUGCUAAACAGCGUGCUGACCAUCGUCGCUGGUGUUUGGAUCUUCGGGCAGCUCGUUCUGUUCAGCAUGCUGGGUAGCCGAAUUGAUGUGACUGUGUUUCAGCAGAUUUUCAAAACUCUUCCUUUGAUGGUGGUUGGGCAAGCGUUCCGCUUUGCAGGGGUUCAGCUGUCGACGGUGCUUGUGGUGAAGCUUGGAUGGCGUACCUGCAUGUUCGGCAAUGAUGCAUGCAAGACGUCCUUUGAAGCAUCUCGCUGGCCCGAUGCGAUGUUCUGCUUCUUGUCGACGAUGCCCAGGGCUACAAUCCAGGGAGCCCUUGGGCCCGUUCCGCUGGUGAAGCACUUCUUCCCGCUGCAGCCAGCCGCCCGUGGCAAGGAGGUGCGGCUCUUCAUCGCAGCGGCAGCAAGGCUCUACGUGCUGGUCUUUGCAGUCGCCGGCUCUAUUUUGCUAGACAAGUAUGGCCCACGGUUCCUCGUAGAAGCUGAAGACAUCAGCAAGACGAGCCGCUGCCUCAAAUGUAGGGGCGAGGAGGUGACGAAGGCCCGAGUGUCCAUGUUUGGCGGACUGCCGCCUGAAGUCUUAUCCCAGUUGGAGGCCGCGGACGAAGGUCAUGGUGAGCAGUCCUUUUCAGAUCAGGUCUUGCAGGAGGCCCCCCACGAUGACGAUGCCACGCUGGAUGGGCCAAGGGGCGCUGGAUGCGCGGGGGAUGGGCCGCAGGGACAAGACAAGCAGGAUGAGCAAGACGCCGAGGAGUUCGAAGAGGUUGUGGUCAAGGACACUCCUGCACACAACCCUGCUGUGAAUCGCACGCUGCAACGUUUGUCUGACACCUCGCUCGACCAGGGGUCCUCUGACCAACCUUCCCCACAGCGGCAGCAGCGCAGAGCACGCACGGCAGCCAUGGCCAUGUUGCCGAAAGACCACGCGACAAUCAUGAAUUGGGCCGAUUCAGUGACAGAGGCGCGUCGGCGCACCGUUGCUGACUCCACUGCGAGCCAGCCCAGCUCUGACCAGCGGUGGUCCAAUGCUGCGAGGUUUGCGCGUCCAGCUGCUGACAGCCGCGCAUCGCAAAACUCUCUGCCUCGGCGUGGCGUUCUGUUCUCGCUGGAGCCGCCCCGGCCGAAGGAGGAGGAAGUCGAAGUGCACGACACCGGGGCAGGUCCCGUGGGCAGAGUCUUGCCCGGCAGAGGCUCGUCAGACUACAGGCCCUUAGCACGCGACGAGGUUGUCAACAAGGGCACAUCGCAUGGAGCCACGUCGCAUGGCGUCAUGCCGUCCCUGCGUCAGAUUACUCUCCAUGGCUCUCCCCUGGCGGAGGGCUCUCUGCACAUGGUGCUGGUGUACCCGAUCCAUCUUGGACUAGCUUACCUUCUCUUGGGGGGCUACCUCACCAGCCGCAUCUUCUGGGCACUGCACUUGCCGGCCGCCGUCGGAAUCAUCGCGAGUGGCUUCGUGUUUUCCCAUUUCAUUCAGUUCGACAUCCUCCAGGGCCGCGAUCAUCUGCAAGCAUUGUCCUUCUUCCUUGUGCUCCUGACAGCUGGCUUUGAGCUACAAAUAACUGACCUUCGCCCUGAGACGUUUGUUUUCGCGUUCCUCCCUGUGACGCUGGAGUUGAUCGGAAUCGCUGCCUGCGCACAGCUCAUCCUGCACUUCUCGCUGGUGGAGGGCCUCGUCUUGGGUGCCACGCUAGCCUGCUUGGGAGAUGGCCUGGUCAUUCCCAAAAUGAUCGAGAUCAAGAGCCGCGAGGAAUUUGAAAACUCCCCGAUGCCAAGAUUGGUCUUCACGGCAGCACCUUUGGAGGCAUCCUAUGUCCUCACCAUCUACGGGGUUCUGGAAGGGCUGGCUACGGCAGAGCAUCAGGAAGCGAGUGGGAUCUGGUCGAUCGUUUUCGCUAAUCUCUUGCGCAUCGCUGCCACCUUGCUGUGUGGCUCGAUGCUUGGCUACGGUGCUGGGGUCUUCAUCAGCAAGGGCCGAGGUAAUGAGUCUUGGUUUGCUGGCACCUGGCUCCAACCCAUAUGUGAAACAUGGCUACCACACUUGGCACCCGUGAAGCUCUUUAGGCAGAGCGACGUGGAGGCAUACCUGAUGAUCCUCAGCGUUGCCUUGCUUGGCUUCGGAAUUGGCUCGAUGAGCGUUGCAUCUCUCGCCCCAAUUCUUGGAAAUCUCCUGCCAUCAGCUUUUGCUGAGGGCGAGCUGUUUCAGCCAGAGCUUCUCGUUAUUGUUAUCGGCGCUUCAUUUGCAUACGCUUGCGAGACAUAUGCAAGCGAGACGGGUCAAGAGGCUGAUGUGCUAAACAGUGUGCUGACCAUCGUCGCCGGUGUUUGGAUCUUCGGGCAGCUCGUUCUGUUCAGCAUGCUGGGCAGCCGAAUUGAUGUGUCUGUAUUUCUGCAGAUCUUCAAAACUCUGCCCUUGAUGGUGGUUGGGCAAGCUUUCCGCUUUGCAGGAGUUCAGCUGUCGACCGUGCUUGUGGUGAAGCUCGGAUGGCGUACCUGCCUGUUCGGCAAUGACGCGUGCAAGACGUCCUUCGAAGCAUCUCGCUGGCCCGAUGCGAUGUUCUGCUUCUUGUCGACGAUGCCCAGGGCUACAAUCCAGGGAGCCCUUGGGCCCGUUCCGCUGGUGAAGCACUUCUUCCCGCUGCAGCCAGCUGCCCGUGGCAAGGAGGUGCGGCUCUUCAUCGCAGCGGCAGCAAGGCUCUACGUGCUGGUCUUUGCAGUCGCCGGCUCUAUCUUGCUGGACAAGUAUGGCCCACGGUUCCUCCUAGAAGCUGAAGACAUCAGCAAGACGAGCCGCUGCCUCAAAUGUAGGGGCGAGGAGGUGACGAAGGCCCGAGUGUCCAUGUUCGGUGGGCUGUUGGCGAAGAAGGGCAUCGUGGGCACAUGGAUGCUUGGCCGGCCCUUGUGGCUCUUUUUUGAUGAGGUCUUGCAGGAGCGGCCUGCUUCGACAGCAGAUGCAGCCCAGAACGACGAUGCCACGCUGGAUGGGCCAGAGGGCUCUGGAUGUACGGAGGAUGAGCCGGAGGGCCAAGACAAGGAGGAUGAGCAAGACGCCGAGGAGCUCGAGGAGGUUGUGGUCAAGGACACUCCUGCAUACAGCCCUGCCGCUAAUCGCACGCUGCAAAGUUUGCCUGAUACCUCGCUGGACGAGGCGUCCUCAUCCGACCAGGCUUCCCCAAAGCGACAGCAGCGCAGAGCACGCACGGCAGCCAUGGCCAUGUUGCCGAAAGACCACGCGACAAUCAUGAAUUGGGCCGACUCAGUGACAGAGGCGCGUCGGCGCACCGUUGCUGACUCCAAUGCGAGCCAGCCCAGCUCUGACCAGCGUUGGUCCAAUGUGAGGUUUGCGCGCCCAGCCGCUGACAGCCGCGCAUCGCAGAACUCUCUGCCUCGACGUGGCGUUCUUUUCUCCCUGGAGCCGCCCCGGCCGAAGGAGGAGGAAGUCGAAGUGCACGACACCGGAGCAGGGGCUGAUGUGCACUCAGAGUUGCAUCCGGCCUUGCUCGGAGGUUCCGUGGGCAGAGUCUUGCCAGGCAGAGGCCCACCGGAUUAUGUGCCUUUAGCGAACGAGGCCAUCGGGGCCUGGAAUGCCCUGCCUUCCAAAAGCAGCGAGUGGCCAAAUGGCUUCGCGAAGUUCAUGGCCACCUACCUCAGUGCCUGGACCUUGUGUGUGGCUGCAGAUUGGUUGCAAGGGCCAUACGUCUACGCCCUCUACGAGGCCUACGGCUUCAGUCCCCACGAGAUCGCCCAGCUCUUCGUUGCAGGCUUUGCCUCGGCCCUGAUCUGCAGUUGCCCGGGGCCCCGGGCUAUGGAUUACGGGGUUUAG